AUGGAAAACACUCUCUUCGGCACUCUUCCGCUGCAACCCGUCUGCUGCCUAUCUUUUGUCACAGGAUCAUGGAUACCAGGCCCGCUUCAACUCGGUCACCCUAGACUUCAUAAAUCGCCGGGUCAGAAAACGCCGAUGUCUACCGUGGUGAUAGACAAGACUAACACACGUGUCCGUGGUGGAUGGCAAACAUCUGCGACCUGUGGAAUAGACGAGACGUGUCCCGGCAUGCCUCGUCCUGCGCGGCUCGCCGUCUCUUUGUCUGCCGCCCAGCGAAUCGUGAUGAAUCAAGUGCCUGAGCCCAUUCCAAGGCUGGAUUUGAAAUCAUCCUUGGCUUUCAUGUCUGUAAAGGGUAUGCGCAGAUACGGAUGCCAGCCGACAAGUCUCACCGGUUUUGGUGGAUUUGGUGAGAUUAUUCGCUUCUAUUUGCUGUUCUUCAUUCUGUUGGCUAUUCUCACAAUUGGGUCUCUGAUGGUGACGUUCACUUGUUUUCCUUUUUCUUCCAGUCUGACUGCGUUUGAGGGGAGUGUUGCGACUUACUUUGAGUAUCUGUCUUGUAAACCCUCAGGCUACGAACACGGAAUUCAUGGCAUGGCCAAACAGAAGGAGGCUGCCCGGCGUCAGAAUCUCCUCGUUGCCAGUACUUACGGCUUUAUCAUCUUAACUCUACCGAACCCGCAGGCCUUCUUGCCAAGUUCACCUUCUCGCCAACUUCAUCUUGCCAAGUUCAUCUUCUCAACUUCAUCUUGCCAAGUUCAACUUCUUGCCAGUCUUUUAUCGUCAUUUUAUUUGACUUUGUAA